CUUGCGCAAGCUAUCAUGAGGUGUGUAUGUACCGUAUAUAAGCAGCUCCUUACAAGGUAUACUCCCGACAUAAACAGGAAGCCCUGUCCCGAGCGAGCAGAUACUGGUCCAUUACAUAACAGAUAUUCGAUGCAGUCAUCGCAUGAACCUGUCAAAGAAAUGUCUGUAAAUUUGGGCUGUGACGACGUCAAGAUACAAAUGGAGGACGUAGAGGCCAAGGCAGCAGACGACACUGCUUCAAAAGCAGACGACACGACAGACCAAACAAAGGAACCUCUCCCGUCUGACAUGACAGCAGAAAGUAGAGGCGUACAUCUUCACAUUCCACCAGACGUGUCACUUGUUCCCAAACCAUGGGGCAAAAUCAAACACAUAAUCAUUGCAUCUUACCUCAGUCUGUUAUGCUGCUGUGUGCCCGCCAUAUUUGCCAACAAAUAUGCCUGGGAAGCUAAAAGAUACAAAGAUCUUGGACUCCGUUCUGAGGCCAGAGUCCUGGCGAAAAAUGCUGUAUGUUGUAUCUACACAAGCGUUAUCAUUGGAUCUCUUUUGAUUGUGAUAUUUGGUUCUGUGUUUCUUGCAACGUGGAUUCAGAGAAUGAACGAAUAAGAACCUCCAUAAGUUCCACAGACACGCGUGGCUGCACAAUAGGACUUUAAACCUGCAUAAUAGAUGGUCAUAUAACAAGUUGCAUCAAUCGAACGGAAGAGCCAACACAAUCAUGGUUGUUAUCAGCGAUGUUUUCAAGGGAUUUUCAAGCUGGAUUGGAAAAAUUGUUAUUAAAAUUUGAUUGACUCAUUUAGUUCACCAGAAUGAAACAUAUUGCGUUGUGUGUGUAUGUGCGCGUGCGUGCGCAUGAGUGUGUAUUGUUUGUUGCAUGGCAGCAUUAAUCGAGUCUGAGCAUGACAAUGCAGUGAUUGAUAUCAUUAGCAUCGAUGUGCGUAAAUGGGAUACGAUGACAGGUAUCAACCAAGCCAGCGAGCUUGACAACCUGAUACGACAAGCA